AUGUUCAAGUCGCCUAGCUAUCUUCUCCGUUUCCUUGCCAUCCUCGCUUUGCAAGGGUCUUGGGCAGCCACCCAGGAUAAUGGCCCAUCCGGAAGUCUCCUGCAGGAUUCCCAAGCCCAGCGUGGGCCUUUCUGCCUUAGUGCCCUGCACCCCAUCCAAGCCAAGUUGGCUUCCAUUGAAGGCAAGCAGGAUGUCCUGCAGACCAAGCUCCUGGCUGUACAGUCCAGGCUGGAAGCCGAGAGGUUAUCCCUGCAGUCCAAGCUGGACGACACACUUCUGGCGGUGCAAACCGAAAUGAAGGAACUUCAUGCGAAAAUUGUGGCCAGUGUACUGCAGGCGGUUCAGGAAAAGCUCGACGACCACAAGGCUGUGAUCCAGGCAUCCUUAGAGAAGGGGAUCCCCAGAGAGGACUUAGGGGACAGAGUGAACGGAACAGAGCUGGCCACUCUUGAAAAGCACCUACUUACGCUUCAGAACCAAUCAGAAACACAUCAAAAUACUCUUGUGGAAACUCUUUCUAAAAUAAAUUCGAGGAUCGUGCCGCCAAAGUUCGAGAGGAUAGGCUCCCGGUACUUUUACAUCGAACAACAUCUGUUCCAAAAUUGGACUGCGGCUACAGAAACUUGUCGUCAGGUGGGAGGAUACCUCGCUGCCUUCCGAGACGAGGAGGAGUUUAACGCUAUUGUGGGAAAGCUUCAGAAAUAUGAACAUUAUUUGCUGGGCAUCAACGACAUGGCCAGAGAGGACGAGUUUGUAUCAGUUGCUUCUGGCAGACCUGCACCCUUCUUCAAGUGGAGAAGGGAUUACCCGAACACCUACGGGGACAGAACGGACUGCGUUAUACUGGAAACCGGAGUGAUGAGGGAUUAUAUAUGUACUGAUAGAAGUCAUUUCAUUUGCCAAUGGGACAAUGAAGUAUAG